AUGAAUACGAUUCGAUCUACCUGGAUGGGCUGGGGCACCCUUUGCCUUGCCGGUGGCGGAGCGUACUAUUUCGCGAAGAAAUCGAUCAAUGCCGACCGACAAACCCGAUUCGAAGCCGAAGUCAAGCGCAAGGCCCAACUGAAGCGGAUGGAGGAUGAGCAUAAGCGCCAAGCGCAGACGCAAAUCCCGGGCAACCCUAGCUCGAAACAAGCAAGCAUGGCACGAUUCCAGAACGCCCCCGACGACGCCGCAUCGCCUAGUCUCGAAGCUUCUCACGAUCCGGCGCCUACCCGGCAUGAACCCCUGACCGAAACCGACCGUGUGUCGGAGAAAGGGAAAUACGAAACGGCACAGCCGUACCGGCCUCCCAGUGGGAACCGGUUUAGCUGA